GUUGUGAUAAACUUAUUAAAUAGAUUGGGUGAGAUGUGACAAAAUUGAUUAAAUGCAGAAAGAAAGAGCGUUACCGAUUGCUAUCCGGCCAAAACCGCCGAAUCAGUUCAUUUUGGCUCAGUCAACCGACGCUGUACAGCAACUUUCUCCUUCGGGUAACGCCUAUGGAACAAGUCAGCCGAUCGCAAUCACUGGUUCUCCUAAUCCGAAACAAAAAGGCGUCCAGUUUGCACAGCCUGGCUUUUCUUUGAAUACAGCUCGUCUAAACUUGGAAAAUGCUGCCGCUCAUUCAGCGCCAAACAACACUGUUAACUAUGGAUCACUGGACAGCAGGCGUUACACCAAAAUUGGCCAUAAAGUGCCAUUACAGUCCAUUCCACAGCAAUCCCAAAUCAGUCCAUCUCUCCCACCGUCUUUGUUCAAUAAUAUACAACUUGCUGGCUCAUAUCAAAGCUCAGAGGAUAAUGACUCGCUUUUUGCGGACUCCGAUUGCAUGGAAGAUGGUGGCAAUGCAACUGCGACGCCAGAAGUGGACGAUGACGAAGAUACCCUGGACCGCAUUAACCCAACAAUUGACUUAUCACAGUACCCCCAGUUCCAGCUAAUCGAAAUUGGUGAUGGUUCAGGACAGAUUAUAUCUAGCCCUAAUUUCAAUAACAGCUCGAACUCGACAAUUCCGUUUUCCACCUCUUGUCCGGAGAAUCUGGCAAGAAAUCGAGCUGAGUUAGCUGAAAUCAGUCCGGGUCCAGUAGCAGAAAAAGAUAAAGACCGGAUUAAGAAAGACAAUCAUAACAAAGUUGAGAGACGUCGCAGAUAUCACAUCAACGAUCGCAUCCAGGAAUUAGGAUUGUUAUUGCCCCGAAAAGAAAUGACUAGUGUUGGUGGUAGGGAGAUGAAGAUCAACAAGGGCAACAUCCUGAAGAGUGCCUGUGAGUACGUGCGGGAAGCUAGACAGCUAGAGGAGGAGUACAAGUUGAUGGGAUCCAAACUCCAAGACUUCGACAAGGUCGCACAGUGCCUCCUCAGCCGAAUCAAUGAACUGGAGUGUAAUUGUCAAAGAGCAGGAGUCUCCUAUCCAAAGCCCUCUUCAGACCAGGAAAUAUCAAUGCAAGCGGUCGCCUCCGGACGGCUCUUUGGAGGCUUGUCAGUCAUCAACAACGGACAGCUUCUUAACUCCCUUUCUAAUAACCAACCUCAAACUGCCAGCAGCACACCUCCGUUGCCCAUUUCCCCACGUUCGAACUCGUCAAAUGCGUUCGAAAAAUCAGCUUCUCAGGGGCCUUAUUUGAGUCCCCUGGUAGCCGCGAAAAGUCCAUCGAUGUCAAGGAUCCCGACGGUAACAGGUCCCCGAGGCACUACAGAUCAAGCAGCUUCAGAUACUAAUUCUGAACUUGUCAACUUGCUGAGCACCCAAACUAGCAAUGGGCCAUCUCUAUUACCCUCCUACUUUCACCCUCAGUCUUCGUCCCAGUCUACCCAUUGUUUCAACCAAUCAGAUCACAAGUUGAGAAAUGUUCCAUCUAUCGUCAUGACCCCAUCAAGACAACACUCUUCGCAUGUGCCGGUAAGAGCAGUAGUUCCUCAGAACAUGCGAAUAUCAACGGGAAGUCACUCUGUUAGAAUAUCAGGAAAUCAUUCGAAUGUAAAAUCAGAGCCACUGACACCGGCUCCAGCUACGAGCGAGUUCUGUCAAGGUCAAGAAAGGCAGCAUUCAGAAGCAGGGAAGUCUUCGGUAUCUCCGGAAAACUCAAGAAACCAGCAACGUGCUCCGUUCAAACAUUCCACUGGUCGGGCAAUGACAAAAUCUUGCCCUGAUCAGCUACCUUCGCCCCUAGUGGAUGUCAAACCAACUAACUUAGGAGUUUCGAAUUGUCUUAGCGAAGAGUUGUCAGCGGAGGAAAUAAAUUUGUGCAACGUAGUGAUGGAUCUGGACUUCUCUCCAGAUGUUCCAAGCGCACCUUUGGCCUUCGACCCAAAUGAGAUAGUUCAAACUGCAAGUAACAAUGGAUCGCAAAGUUUCAUGGACCUGCAUGAGGGCAGAAAUUACAGGAAUAAUUGCUUGCCAGAUGUGUCCCAGAAUUCGCUCGGAUGCAAUCCAAAUGUACCUAUCAGUAGUGCCAUGGACGACCAGCAAUUUGAUUUCGAUAUGUCAAUGGCCGCAAACUAUUAGAAAAAUAGAGGGUAAUAUUUGUCCAAGUAGUGGAAGUAAUGUAUGCUCAAGUUCAAAAAUCAAAAGCAUCCAACAAAAAUAAUCGAAAUUUUUGCGAGCUUGC